ACACCCUCGCCACAUCCGAGGUACCCGCUCAAACCGUAGCCUCUGGUUCUUUGUGCUCGAAACAGCUGAUAUGGAGAGUGCAAUAGUUGCCUAGUCAGUUUACUAACAAAUCGCAAAGCAGAAGUACCGAUACCGCGGAGCAGUACUCCAGAUCCUAGUCCAGCCAUGCAAUCCUGCCCUUCAAUGCUGGUGGCCUUGAUAUUGGCCCUUGUGAUCCCAAAUCCCAGUUUUGGAUACUCCCCCCGCCAAGAUGCCCGAGUCAUCGAAGAAUACAAGCGGCAACAGGGCCUAAAUCAUGCCAAGAUCGCCCGGGAUUUGGUCCAUCGCGCCAAUUGGGCUGCCUUGGGAAGUCUCUCGACCAAUAAACUGGUGGAAGGAUAUCCCAUGGUCAACAUUAUCUCCAUAGAUGAUAGCGAUGCCAAUGGCAACUCCACCGGAAAGAUUCACUUCCUGCUGACCGAUCUGGACUUCACUGGACCCGACUGGCAAAAGGACAACAAGGUGACGUUGCUGUUCACUGAUGAGCAGACCCUUAGGUGCAAGGAUGGCGGCAAGGAUCCCAUGGAGCCCACAUGUGCCCGCUCCAUGAUCAGCGGCCAGGUCAAGAAAUUGGACUCCAGCGAUGAAGGCUAUGCGCCCGCGAGGGAUGCUUUCGUGAAACGCCAUCCAGCUGCCGAUAAUUGGAUUAAAGCCCACAAUUUCUACCUUUGCGAACUGGACAUUACCAACAUCUUUGUGCUGGACUUUUACGGAGGUCCCCAUAAUGUCAAGGCUGCAGACUAUUACGCUGUUUGAAAUUGAAGUUCUCCUCCUGAAGUAAACACUUGAUGCAUCACACUCUUUGUUUGCAAAAAGUAAAAAAAAAAAAAUAAAAAACAAAUUAAAAUGAUAAGCUUAUUUGCUCAACGAACGGCAAAAAAAGAAAUCGAGCUGGCAAAAGACAAUUAUAAAGGUUACUUAUCAAAAAAGCUCUGUGAUUUCACUCAAUACAAAUGCAAAUGUAUAUGGUUAAAUUCUCUUUGACAUGGUAAAAUGCUAAUUUUAUAAAUAAAUGACGAAUUGUUGUGUAUAAAAAAGCAUAAGGAAUACCUUCA